AUAAGAGCAGUUGUUAGUUAGUUUUCUGUUAAUCCGUUUGAGGCUUAUUUUGGCUGACUCUUAUUAUAUAUAAGUGUGUAGAGGCUUGCUAUUUGAAAAAUAGAGAAUCAUUUUAUUCAGACAUUCUUUUUCUCCUCCACUCUCUUUUCGUUUUAUGGUAUCAGAGCGAUCUCAAGGAAAGCUCCGUCGUGCCACACUCUGAUCCAACAUGGCUGAAGAAGAAAGUUCUUUAAAACAAACCAACAUCAAGAAAGGAGAUGAGUCACAGAAUCCCAACAGCCCCUACUACCUUCAUCCGGGUGAAAAUAUCAACACCCUCACUGUUUCCCCUGUUCUUGAUGGCCCAAAUUACCAUUCUUGGAGCAAGUUAAUGAAGAGAGGACUUCAAUCAAGAAACAAAUACAAAUUUGUAGAUGGAACGAUCAAAGAACCACCAGCCAAUGACUUCUUGCAUGAUGUUUGGAUAAGGUGCAAUACUAUGGUCAUUUCUUGGAUAACUCGAUCUGUUUCUUUGCAGAUUGCACAAAGCAUUGUAUAUAUUGACAAUGCAGAGGACUUAUGGAAGGAUUUGAGAGACAGAUUCUCGAAAGGAGACCAUUUCAGGAUGUCUGACCUCCUACAGGAAAUUCACUCCAUCAAACAAGGAGAAAGAACUAUUUCCACUUAUCAUACAGAUUUAAAAACUCUAUGGGAAGAGUUAGAAAUCCUGAGGCCCAUCCCAGCAUGCUCCUGCACAGUAAAAUGCACCUGUGACCUAGUGAAAACUGUGAGAAAUUACAAGGAAACUGAAUAUGUCAUCUGCUUCCUCAAAGGCUUGAAUGACUCCUACAACACUGUCAGAUCCCAGGUACUAAUGAUGGACCCUUUACCUAACAUUAACAAAGUUUUCUCUCUUGUUUUGCAACAAGAAAGGCAGGUCUUAGGGAACUUGCUUCAGGAAGUCAAUCUGGUGGCAAGCAUAACAAACAAUAAACAAUCUUUUGGAGGAAGAAAUGGAUCCUCAUCCGGAAGAGGAAGAGGAAGAUUUAAUCAAAGGAAUUUUAGCAACCAACCACAAAAAAUCUGCACAUUUUGUGGAAAAGAAAGGCACACAGUGGAGACGUGUUAUUUCAAACAUGGAUUUCCUCCGAAUUUCAAUUUCAAAGAUAAAAGACAAACAUCAACUGUGAACUCCUACACCUCAGAUUCCUCUACCUCACCUAACACUGUUGAAGGCAGUGAUCACAAAAUUACUGGAAAGGAAUACACUGAGGUAAGCAGUACCAUUACAACUGAACAAUAUAAUCAACUCAUGGAGAUACUCAAGGGAUCAAAUGUAAGUGGAGAAACUCAUGCUGUAGACAAUCUCCAACAACAUCCAGGAUCACAACAACAAACUGAUGAUUGGUCCUGCUAAUCUUCAAUGCAAUCUGUAUAUCCUUCAAAGGCAAAAUUUUUCAGAGAAUAAGAUCGUUAAUUCUGCUAGAACUUCCAGUGACAACAAUAUGAAUAAUUCCAA